AGUUAACAUACUGUAUGAUUGAAGUGGACUUGAAUUGAGUACAAUUAAUGUAAAAAAUACAUUACAUUUCAAAACAUUUUUAGUAGGACCAUACUAGCAGUAUUAUAGUGGAUUUAAUAAAUCAUGAAGUUCUCCUGUGAUUUUAUUUAGUGAUUUCAAGGAGAUGACUAUCCAUUGCUGAUUUUCGUGUUCCACUUGCAAAAAAUAACCAUGAAGAAGCAAGUUGUCAAUGUGGACAAAAAGAAAGUUACCAAGACAAGAGUCCCAAAUCCUCAAAAGCUCUCAGCAUUUGAGCAAUAUGUAGAAAAAGAUGUGAUGCCAACGAUGCAGAGUCUUUCUAACAUGAAAGUCCUCCACCAAGGAGACUUCAAAGACUUCUUAGUCGCACAACCAAAUAAAGAAAUACAUUCUGUCUUUGCAAAAGAGAAGGAAGAGCCAAAUAUUCCAGGAAAACGGGGAAAAAAUCCACCACGUAAAUCAAAAUUUUAUCCAAUCAAUGGUGAAGAAUCUACAAAUGUUAAGCCUUUGGCCACAAAAGAAGUGCCACAGGUACAAAAGGUGGAGAUACAGCAUAAAGUGGCACUCCUCGACAUUGGAAAUACUUCAAGAUAUUUCCCGCUUCCCAAAGCAAUGAGAAGAAAGAAGAUGUUUAUGGACACCUCCAAGUCCUGCUUAGAGGACUACACAGGCAUGUUUCAGCUGACGGACAUGGCAAUCUAUGCCUUAAUGCAGGCAGACAAGGGAGCCAACUGCCCGGCCGUUCAAGAGGUCAACUUCUCCGCUUGUAUCAAUCUAACUGACACCGGAUUGAAGUGGUUUGCUGGAAUGAGCCCCAAUCUCCAAAAAGUUUCAUUGCACGGCUGUUGCAAGGUCACAGAGACAGGCCUGUAUGUCUUGACUAAAUGCUGCAAGAAGCUGAAUCACCUUAACAUUAUAGGAACUGCUGCUCUUUUUAUCCCCAAAUCUGUGACAGAAAUCAAGCAGCUUGAAUCAAAGAAUAUCCCAAUGAGUGUAGUCCCAAACUUCAAACCCUCUGGUCUUGAUGUCUUCAAAGUUUGUGUGAUUCAUGGGAAGAGCUCGUGUCGAAGCGUUGUGAAAUACCUCAGUGGUCAGCAGGAUCAGUCUCUGGAUCCAAUGUCCAGCCUGGCAGACUUCCAAGUGAACAACCAGUUCAGAGUCAAUAUUAUAGAAUGCGUGGAGUCUCUAAGCCCAAUGCUGGUAACUAAGAGAGCCCUGUACCUUCUUCCUGUGGGACCCACAAAGGAUGCAGCUGUAGAAGCCAAGGGGGUGUUUGCUGUGAUCUGUAAUGUUUUGAAUAAGACUCAGAACGCAGUGUUUAUACUUACGUCCCUGCAUGACAAGGGUGAGACUGUCCCAUUAGUUGACAUUUGGAGAGAGAUUGACAGUCUUGCGAAGAAAUUACACGAGGCAUUGAAAACGGAAGUCCAAAACGAUCUUAAGAUAGCACAAGAUGAUUUGUCAUUUGCGGCAAGCGUUGAAACACAGAUGCCGCUUGGGUACAAGGCUUCCCUCUGUGAGGCACUUGCAACCUUGACCGUGAAGGUCAUGGACAUUGACACCUCAGUGCCUUACAACGCAAAAACAGAACUAAAGCCUUUAGUUGCAGGUCUGGAAAAGGUGAAAGAGCUGUAUCCAGAGUACCAGGAAAUACCAGAAGAGUUGUAUUCGUCCCUGACAGAUGGCAGUGCAGACAAGCUGCUAUAUAGUGGAGUGUGUCCUCUGGAGCAGCUGUCACAGUCUAACGCCAGGCUUAUGAAGAUGCAGCAGCUGAUGGGAAGGGCAGUGCAACUGGAUCUUGUAGACGAGUCCUCCGCAAUCCUCUGCAGGCCUGAUUGGCUGGCCACGGUCAUGACCUUUGCCCUGACCCCGCCCCCACCCACUGAGGUCAAGGUCACUGUUGUGCCUGGGUUGCCGGGCAACGUUUCAGCAUGGCAGCUGGAUGACCUUGUGACCCAGCUACAGGGAAGUGGGCUACCAGCAGAUCAGGCAAGGAUGGGAGCCCAGAUAGCCUUCAAGGUCAGCGCCUCUGUCCACCCAAGAUACGCUGUACCCUACUCUGCACUGCCUGCCAGCCCACCCUUACCUGUGGAAAACUUAUUUCAGUCACUUGGUAAAGCAGAUCCUUUGUUCUACACAGUUGGUUACCAGGCAAUGAUUUCAUGCCCAGUGUCAAAUGGACUGUUCGCGCAGCUACUGUUCUUUGCCUGUAAAGUGCGCAAGUGGUCGUAUGCCUGGCAGGGUGGUUGCAUUAUCCAGGAAGGCGUUGUGGAAACACUGAUACAAUGGGAGGUGACAGCAGAUUUGACAAGUAUUGGUGUGUACAGCCAUUCGUUGAGGUGUGAACAGGAGUAUGGCAAGGUCAAGGACAUUGUGUGGCACGCCGUGCUGCAGUACCGUCUUGUUCUUGACUAUAUACUGGCUCUCAACCAGGUGCCUUACAAGAUGUCCUUGACCUUUGAACCUGACCCCAGCGAUGACAUAACGUCUGGACAGAAGAUUGAUGUAGACUAUGUACCAGAUACUGUCAGCAAACUAGUUGCAGACCACAACUUUCAGCCUCUAGAUGACAGCAUUUCCUGUGUGGUUACAUGUCAAUUGUGUGGAGUGACACCUUCACAAGCUCGACUGCUUUGGAAACUGCAUGCGGAUAGCCACUUCUCUGUGGACAACGCAAGCAAUCAUGGGUCUGUGGGCUGCAUGUAUGGAGUAGGGGAGGAUGAAUGCCUGUUUAAUGAUAUUGGGCUAAGUACCACAGAGUUGGACAGCUUCUCUAUGAUAAUUAUGGAAUAUACGACAGGUUCCAACAUGACGCCUUAUUUCCAUAUUGGCUUGACAAAUUCAUCAGGGACUGCCAGUUUCAACUUAAACACUGGGCAGCUGAUGUACAAAUUUUCUAGUUCUGCCUCGGAGAAGACUAUGGACAUAGACGCCGAAAGUAUUCCAAAAGAAGGGGACCUGCUCAAAUUGUUGUUGGUACAGACGCCUUCCCCAGACGUCAUAGAAUUUAAGUUGAUCAGGAACACUGAGUGCAUCGGGUCAUUGGCCAUUCCUAACCAGAGCUACAUGCCCUACAUCAUAUCAGGACAGGGCAGCAGCAUGACUGUGACUCUCCAACCUGUCUCAGUCGUACAAACACCCAGGGACCAAGUAAAGCAAUUCACGCCCAUGCUUAUAGAUAAAGUGAUGGAAGCAUAUGGGAAAGCUACAUCUGGGACCAAGUGCAGUCGUAUGACAUAUAGGGCGCAAGUGAUAGAACAAAGAGCUGUUCAGAAAAGCCAGAACACGUCUGCUCUGUUUGAGUUCUUCAGCUCACACAGCCACUUCCUUUGUCUGUUGCCAAGAGAGAUGAGCCUGACAACAGUCCGGUACCCGAGUCUGAAAUCCAUUGUGGAUUUCAGCAAACAAAACGCUCAUCUCCUGUGCCAAGGAAUCAAGACAGACGUGCUGCACUUUGUUGAUAGCAGUGGCCUCCCCUUACAGGAUGCAGACAAGCUGCUGACCCCCCAGAACGCCCUCUACCUUCAAAAUUGUAUUCUUGGACUGGCCAUGCAGACGCAUAUUCUGCCAUCAAAAUGUUCCAACCUGAUUUCUGGAUUAACAGAUGAUAAGUUGGAUGCAGGGACCCAGGUUUUGAGGCUUUUGUUCAUGUAUCUGCAAGUUCUUGAACUGCUGGUUGCUGACAAAACUAGUGUAGUCUCAUUUUCUGAGGAGCUUUUGGAGGUUGUAAACUCCUUGACAAAAGACAAGAUGUUCAGAGAACACUUUGCAGAAGGGGAGACCAUUCGUUGCAAAGGUCACGCAAAAACCAUCCGGCCCAAUAAGGAAUUAAGCGAAAUGAGCGUGGUUGAUUUUACCAAGAUUUACAAAUUCAUCACAAAGCUGGAUUUCCAGAACAACAAAAUCGAGAAACUUCCGGACGAUGUCUUUGCAAACUUUGAAGUUUUAGAAUCAGUCAACUUUUCAAGGAACUACUUAUCAUCUAUUCCAAGUGGUCUGGGAAAGCUUAGGGAACUGAACAAAAUUAAUUUCUCCCACAAUGAGCUGAAAGAUCUUGCGCCCGAUUUUGUCGGACUGAAAGAUGUGAUAGUUUCUCUGGAUAUCUCCCAUAAUCCUUUCAACCAUCUUCCUCACAGUGUCUUUAUGCUCCAAAGUUUGGAAGAAUUGAACGCUGAGAACAUAGGCACUGUAGAUCUGACGGAUAUUCACCAGUUGAAGAACUUGCAUCACCUGAACAUUGGUUACAAUCACGUGGCUCAGAUUCCUGACACUCUGGGCGACCUGCCAUUGACCUUUCUCAAUUUGAGUGGAGUCCCAUGGAUACCGUUGUCUAACUACCCAUCCAUUGUGAUGUUCACAAAGGCCCUGUCAGCAAAUAAUGUGACCAACAAGAUGGACAAAGAGGAGAUGAUUAGGCUGUUCAAGGGAGCUGACCUUGACGAGUCCAGUGACCUAAGCCGUGAAGAGGUUGCAACACUUAAUCAGACCACGUUGUUUGACAUGUACGCUAGGCUAGGGCAAAAGGCACUGGCAUAUCAGAAAUCAUCCGGGUUUCCCCCAAUGAUAUUCCACCUGCAGGGUUUGAAGACUCUGAUACUUCAGUACCACGGGAUCUCAGCUGUACCGGACCAGGUCAAGGAUCUUACACAACUGACGGAGCUUGACCUUUCAGAGAACCCUCAACUGAAGACUCUGUCUGCAGAGCUGGGAGCUCUCCCUUUGAAACAAUUGCAGUUGAAAAACUGUCCAGCUAUGAACACUCCACCAAAAGAGAUCGUCGCAAGGGGGUUUGUGGCCGUUAUGGGAUACUUGAAACGUUUGCGACUGGGUGCCUCUCAUUGCAAGAGAACCAAGCUUAUGAUGGUUGGACUUGGAGGAGCAGGAAAGACAAGUCUGGUUCAGUCAUUGAUAAACAAGCGGUAUAGAUCGUUCAUUAAUUACGACGAUCCAAUCACGGACGGUAUCCAGAUCAAUACAUGGGAGGUUCCCAUCGAGGAUGAGGAUGACAAGUUGACGUUCAGUGUCUGGGACUUUGCUGGCCAGACUGUCUACUAUAACACUCAUCAAUUCUUCCUAUCAAACCGUGCUGUUUACCUGCUGCUGUGGAAUGUGCGCCAAGGUUACGAGCACGCCGGCCUUGACUUCUGGCUCAGCUCUAUUGCCUGUCAUGCUCCAAAAGCUCCAAUCAUAGUGGUGGGAACACACAUUGACAAGGUGGAGAAGUUUCGCUUACCAGAAGACGCAUUGAGAGGUCGCUAUCCACAAAUAUCGAGCUUCGAGUAUGUAAGCAGCUACUCAGGAGAUGGUGUUGAAAGUUUGCGGACGAUAAUCCUUAAACUAACACUGCAGCAGAAAUAUAUGGGUGAAAAGAUCCCAGUGGCGUGGCUGACACUGGAGAAGAAAUUGAUUGCGCACAGGGCAGAGAAAAAACAAGACAUACUGCCAUUCAAGACAUUGGAGUCCCUUGGGGCAUCGUGCGGUAUCUUUGACCGGACAGAGUUCAUCCAGGCCAUACAGUUCCUGCAUGACCUCGGUGCAGUGCAGUUCUUCGACACAGACUUUCUGCGCUCCAUGGUGGUCAUCUACCCCCAGUGGAUUGUGGACGUGAUGGCCUGCCUGGUCACCGUGCAUGAUGGGGCUGUGAAGGAUGGCAAGUUGAUGCUGAAAGACAUUGACAAGAUCUGGUCUGCAUACCCUGCAGACCUGCAUCCCUGGCUUCUUAGACUGACGGAGGAAUUUGACCUAACCUGUCCACUUGAGGAGGAGGAAGCAAGCAUUGUGCCAUGUCUGCUGCCUGACAAGGAACCCAAAUAUGACUGGCCCCACCCUGAUCCCCAAAAAAAACGCAGGGAGACCAUGAUGCUCUACAAGUUCCAGUACCUCCCAGCAGGCCUCUUCAAUAGGGCACAGGUGAGACUGCACCAGUAUUCCAAAAGCUCAUUGCUGUGGAAAACUGGCUCCUUCUUGAAAAAGAACGAUCACAUUGCCCUCCUGCUUCAAACGGAUGACCAUGAAGUUAUUGUGAGGGCGCAGGGCUUCCGACCUAAGAAUUUCAUCUUUCUGGUUCACGAGAUGAUUGAGAAUCUGAUCAAGGAAUCCUACGCAGGCGUGCAAUAUGACUUUCAGAUUCCAUGCAAGGAUUGCCUUCACAUGAAUGUCAAGGAGCCGAGUAUGAUGUCCUACCUGAAAGUCACCAAGGCAUUAGAACUCAAUGUUCCCUUCAUCCAGUGUGACAAGUUCUUCCACAUUUUAUCUAUACAGCAGCUCAAAGAUUCAAUGCCAUCAGACAAGCUUUCUAACAUGGACAGUCACCUACUUAACAGCGUGAGAGACUUAAGGGAUCUGAACAAGAAAACAAAGAUAUCAGUCUUCUUCGUUUACUCGCAAAAGAAUGUUCCAGAUUCUGCCUCUGCUGACAAGGUUGUGCAUCCCACCACAAUUUAUGAAGACAUGAGGAAACAGGAAUUUCUUUCUGUCUCCUUCUCGGAUAAACCUGAAAACUGCGACAUGGAGGCAUUGACAAUCACAAUGAAAUCAGUCGAUGUGGUUGUCGUUGGUAUUUCGGAUGAAUUUUGUUCGAACCCAAGUAGUACAAAGCUGCUCCUGUACAUAAAAGAUGUUCUACAGAAGGCAGUGCUGCUGGUUGUGCUUGGUACCACUAAACAUUGGCUGCGUGUAAAGGACAUAAGCUCCAGAUUCGGAACUGAGGUGUAUGUUGACAUGCAGAACAAGGAACGCUAUGUAUACAAAAUACAAGAGCUGAUGGAGGGUCUAAAGAAAAAAAUGAGUGCCAAGGGAAAGAAGUCGGCACAUUCAGCAACCCCUCAAAAGUGUUUCAUCAGUUACUGCUGGUCUAAUUCCCACGAUGCAGUGCUUGUGAAGAAGUCCAAGCAAUACGAGGGUGCCCUGACGGACUGGGAAAAAUCUGACCCAAGGCAGGUGAAGGCGUUCCUAGAACAGAAUGGCGUCUCGUGCUGGUUGGACAUUGAGAGAACUGGCGGGGUUGGCUUGUUCCACUCGAUUGCUGACGGUCUUGUAGAGGCAGAAGUUAUGGUCGCCUUUGUGUCAAACCAAUAUGUGGAAUCAAAGGCAUGUGUGAUGGAGUUCAGAUAUGCUCUCACCACACGCCGUAUCCCUGUGAUGCUGGUUGUCGUGGGAACCGGAUCAGGGUGGUUGAGCUCUGAGGUCGGCUUGCUGGGCGUUGGUUACAAGUGUAAGCAGGUGAACCUGCAAGUGAAGAAUGAAGCUGGAUACCUGGAGAUACUGAAGUACGUACAGGAAGCCUUGAAGAGUUCCGCAGGCAGCACUUCGCAAAGUCAGACAGAGGAGGUCCAGAGGAACAUUGCGUUCCAGGAAGUAUUGGAGCUGACCCAACGGAAGAUGUUACGCCACAUAACAUCACGGUUCAUUAGCAACGACCUGGAACCCUAUCCAAAUCUUUUCGUCGUAGACUACAUAAGCGAGGCAGAAAAGGAGUAUGCAGCAAAGGUGCGUGAACAGAAAGAGAGGGGGCAGAAAGGCAUUACCAAGGGGAAUGGUGAUUGUCCUGAAACUGAGGAAACUGUUGACAAAAGUCUGAGUUCAGCUGAUGCGAUGCAGUUCAAAUAUUGCUUCCGUCUGCUGUGUGAGAACCCAAGGGGCUGGCAUGUUAUGCCAACCAUGAUCCCGUACAACGACGACACCAGUUCGGAAGAAAAGAAGAAUCUGAUUGAAACAGCAGCGCCAUACCUGAGCCGCGUCUAUGCAAUCAUCCGGCAUGGCAACGUGAAACUUGAAUGCCUUGCGACGCCAGAUGGAGAGCUGUUUCUGCAGAAACUGGAAGAGGCAGGGGUCAAUAGCAGCGACUUUGAGCAAGAGUACCUCGCUCUGAGGUCCGUUGUGAUGGGAUUUGACAAGGCCCACUCCAUGGCCCAUCUGUCACGGUGUCAAGUAAACGGUAAGAUGUUCUGGCUUUGCGAGGAACACAAGAUUGUAACACGUAGCAAGACCGAAGCAAGGUACCAGGGCAAGGGUAUCAUACGAGAGGAAGCCAUUCCAAUGUCAGACAUACCUGAGACGUAUGCAUAUGUUGAACAAGAUACUCCAGUGAGUCAAUCAAAAGAGUCCAGUCAGAAGAAGAUCUUUCGGAAGCAUCUGAGCAAGCAGCAAGCACCAAGCUUGAAGAGACAGACCAGUCAGAUGUGUAGUGUAAUGUGACCACCUUGCAAUCAUUGCCGGUCAUAUGUACAUUGCUAUGUAGCCACCUUGCAUACAUGACUAGUCAGAUGUGUGGUGUAUUUUAACCACCUUACAUACAUGACCUGUAAGAUGUGUACUGUAAUUUAACCACAUAUCAUACAUGACCAGUCAGAUGUGUGGUGGAUUGUAACCACGUUGCAAACACGACCAGUCAGAUGUGUGGUGUAAUAUGCAUUUUAUUUAAACAAGCAAAAUAACUUCGCUAAAAAAAUAUGUAUGUUCUCUUAUUGAUAGUGAUCAAUCAAGAUUGGGCAAUUAAUAAAGCAUUUGUAACGGUUUUAAUUGAUCAUUGAUCAAAAACAUGUAUUACCAAGGACCUUUGAAAUAUUGACCAAAAUCAAAAGCAUGCACUGUGUAAGAGGAAGUGCGUUAGCUUUUGCAUUAAAGGGUACCAGGUUCAAAUCUUAGGGUAGGAGUUUUAUUUCAAUAUUGUAUUGUUAUUAUUAUUAUUAUUAUUAUUUGAAACUGUUAAGUUCUUUGCAGUUGUGUAGGCAAUUAUUUGUUUAAUGGCAUUCUGUGAACAAAUCCUUUUUAGACUGUGAUCAUCAUUUUUGUUUCCUUGGAUAUGCUCGAGUGCAUGGUUUGAGUUUAUUCGCUUUUUUGGUAAAAGACAUGAAGCAUAAUAGAUUAUAUAUUGAACUGUAUUGAUGUAUGGCAAUUACCUGGAAUGAUUUGUCUUGUGUACCAUGAAUGAUUU